AAGUGGUUUCCUCGCGCCCCCCCCUCGGGUGGUGGCGGCCGUGGGCCAUGGCUGCGCAGGCCGCCGCCCGGCAAGGCCUGCCGCGCGCCGGCGGCAGGCCUGGGCAGCCAGAGCAAGCGCAGAGCGAUCCUGCGGAGGUGCUCGCGGCGCAGAAGCUGGAAAGGCACCCGAGCUCUCCCAGGCAGGCCGCGUUCCCGGCGUUCCCGCAGUCCUUCGAGGAGAUGGUGCGCUUCACGGCGCCCCGGGAGUGGCCGCCGGACGGCUCCCACGCGGCCCCGGAGUGCCUCGCUGGCGGCCGCGGGUCGCCGCUGCCCGAGGUGGCUGCCGCCUUCGGCCCUGGCGGCAUUCCGUCGCGGCGCAGGGAGUUCGAGCUUCUCCGCGAGUCGGCCUCGUGGCCAGGGUUCCUGCCGAGGGGAGCCGAAGGGGCGAGGGACAAGAAGCUCGUGUCUUCGCCCAAGAAGCGCCAGGGCCCUGGGCACCGCAGGCAUGGCUGCUCGAGGUCGAGCAGUCCGCGGCCGUCCCCGCGGCUUCCGCCAGUGGGCACCGCGCCAGGCCCCAGCGCCGCAGCGGGUGCAGCAGCCACCCUUGCGUCCUGCGGGCUGCCGAGCUACGAGGCCCUCACGCUCCCGAGGCACAUCAAGCACAUGUCAAAGCUGAUGCAGUUCGAUGAACCGCUGUAGGCGCAACGGCCGCAUUCUGUAUUGGCAACCGCGAGGAGCGACUGUUAAGCAGUAGCGACCCACGGACAUUCUAAUCGAAAGGGGCAAAGAGACGACAUUAUCGUGGUGGGCAUCCAGAAGAAUAGCAGGCGCGUCGCCAGAGUCGUUGUCUUGUGCUGCUUCCCUUGCGCACAAUCCGCGAGUUCAUUGCGACGGUCGUUUUUUUGCAACCCUCCUUCGUUGGGUUCUCGUUUUGAACAGAGCUCUCUGGUCUCCAGUCCUCCUUCCUCCCGCCUCCCGCCCUUUCUCCCUCCUACCUGCCUGCUACCCUGCCUCCUAUUUCGAGAGCUCGGACCCCCCCCCGAACACUGGUACAACUUUGUCUAGAUUUAGCUGCCCCUAUAGAGAACGAUUGGACAGGGCUGCGCGUGAG